CCAGGGUGCUGUCCCCCAGGGGGGUGUCCCCCGGGUGUCCCCCGGGCCGGGGUCCCGCCGCGGCGGCUCGGCAGCCCCGGCUCCCGCAGCUUUCCCUCUCUGGGCUCGUCCUGUGCUGCGAGCACCGCGCUUUCCUGUUUUUCCAGAUGAAAUCUGGCCUGGCGGGAGGCGCUGUUCGCCGGUAGGUGAGGGGCCCUCGGUCAGGAAAACAAACCCAAGCCAAGAGAAAACCCGAAGAAAAGCCGGGAGGAGAAGAUGGAGGAAGCAGAAGAGGACGACAUGACAUGUGGAGACUUGGGAAACGGACUGGGGAGAAGACCGGGAGGUGUUUAUGAAGGGGGAAACUUACAAAGUUCCCAUUCAGUUAGAUCUAGGAAGGGAUCUGGAAGGACUUGUAAUUCCCCCUUGUCGGCAAAGGGAGCAGAAGAAAGCGAUGCUGCGGCUCUUCCUGCUCCAAAACGAAACGGCUUUCACGAUGGAUCCCUCAAAAAACCUGCCUCUAGUUCCACACGGCAGAGUAGCUGUGAAUCUAAUACUGAAGUGUCAAAUGAAGAACUGAAGCAGCAGCUUCAGGAAGCUCUGGAGGAACUUGAAGUUCUGAAAGUUGAGCUUGAGGCAUCUCAAAGACAGCUGGAGGGAAAAGAUGAAGCCCUAAGAAUCCUGCAGAGCAUGGCAGUAUUUGAUAAAGCCACGAGCCACACAAAGGCAAUGCUUCAGAAAAGUGAGGAAGAAAAGAGGACUCUAGAGAAGGAAAUAAAUAUUUUGCAGUGGGAAAUUGAAUUUGAUCAGGACAGAUUUAAAAACCUAGAGGACACCUGGACAGAAAAAUAUGACAGGAUAUACUGUGAAAAUGCAGCUCUUAAGGAAGCAUUGAAACUGAGGACAGAAGAAGUUAAAACACUUAAAGCCGAAAAUGCAAUCCUGAACCAGCAGUGCUUGGAAUUCCUUGCAAUGCUAGAUGUGAAACAACAGAAGGUUUUUCAGGAGAACAUGUUGAACAAAAGUGACAUCACUGAUUUUACAGGUCUUGAGCUGGCGGUGCUCGGAGCCUGCGCCUGCAGCCCUGCUGAGGGGCAGCCCUGUCCCUGCGCCAGAGUGGCAGCUCUCACUCGGAAGCAGCUCCUGCAUCUCAAGCAAGAGAUGGAAAACCUGAGGAAGAGCAAGGACGAAGCGUAUAUCACGGCAGAUGCCUUCAGAAUCGCGUUUGAGCAGCAGCUGGUGCAGAGGCAGGAGCAGGCCCUGAGGCUGGCAGAAGUGAUGGGCGUGAGGAAGGAAAGCAGAUUUGGCAGCUGGAGCCGCCGGCGGGGCGCUGAGCGUCUCAAGUUGGAGGGGAGCAAGAGCAGCCUGGGGCGGAAGCUCUCCAGCCUGCUCUCCUCAGAGGGCGACUGCAGGAGGGUGGAGGAGCUGGACAAUGCCCACGAGAUCCUGAGGAUGUUGAUUGAUCUGGUGAACGACAAGGAGGAGGCCCUGGCGCACCAGCGCAAGGUCAGCUACAUGCUGGCACGGGCGGCGGAGGCUGCCCCGCGGCAGGACGAGGGGCACGCGGCAGCGAGGCGCCGGCUCGGAGCCCCGUGUCCCCCGGCCGCCCCUCACGGCGCCGGUCACGGCCGCCCGGCCCUCACGGCCGCGCCCAGGCCGCGCUCCUGGCCCUCGGGCUCGGCCGCGCGGCUGCUCACACCCUAGAGCGGGGCGGCGAGGCGUUGUGCGAAAGAAGAUUGCUGUGGAAACGCGGGAGCUGUGCUGUGGUGGCGUCGCUGUGGGGCUGGCGGCAGAGCGUGGGCGCUGGGCUGAGCGGGGCAGGCCCUGCUGGGCCCUGGGCCUCCCUCAGCCCGGGGACCGAGUGACACUGAUGUCACUGGGGUGUGAUGGCACCGGAACGGACGGGGACACGGCCUGAGGGGGCUGAUGGACGUCACUGUGGGGGUUUGGUGUCGCUGGAACGGGCACAGUGCCUGAGGCGGCAGUGACGUCACUGUGGGGGUGUGAUGUCACAGGGACAGGGCCUGAGGGGGGCUGAUGGGGCGGCAGUGACGUCACUGUGCAGGUGUGGUGUCGCCAGAGCAGGCACAGUGCCUGAGGCGGCAGUGACGUCACUGUGGGGGUGUGAUGUCACCGGCACAGUGCCUGAGGGGGGCUGAUGGGGUGGCAGUGACGUCACUGUGAGAAGUGUGACGUCACAGGGACAGGGCCUGAGGGGGCUGAUGGGGCAGCAGUGACGUCACUGUGCAGGUGUGGUGUCGCCAGAGCAGGCACAGUGCCUGAGGCGGCAGUGACGUCACUGUGGGGGUGUGAUGUCACCAGAGCAGGCACAGUGCCUGAGGCGGCAGUGACGUCACUGUGGGGGUGUGGUGUCGCCAGAGCAGGCACAGUGCCUGAGGCGGCAGUGACGUCACUGUGGGGGUGUGAUGUCACCGGCACAGUGCCUGAGGCGGCAGUGACGUCACUGUGGGGGUGUGAUGUCACCGACACAGUGCCUGAGGCGGCAGUGACGUCACUGUGGGGGUGUGAUGUCACCGACACAGUGCCUGAGGCGGCAGUGACGUCACCGCGGGGCCUGAGGGUGUGGCAUCACGAGACCCGGACGGGAGGGGCGCCCCCUGCCGGGGGGUGUAGGGGUGCAUUAGUUUAAGUUGGUUUAUUCCUGUACCCCCCAUUCCUGUUUAUGGUUUUGCUCGGGCUCUCUCUCUCUCCCUCUUCUUGAUUGUCCCGUCAGUUACACUUUUAUCUCUCCUAAUCCCUCCCUGGCUGCCUGUCUGUUAUUCAGUGUCCAUGCCCUUCCAUCCAGAACCUUCUGUCUUGGACACUGAGUGAUUGGGCCAGAGGUCGGGGUUCAACCCUCAGUUUAUUCCCACUGGAGAUCCGAGAUGUUUGUUACGCGUUAUUCCCUCCUCUCAAAAAUUUAG